AGCAGUGUGUGUGUGUGUGUGUGUGUGUGUGUGUGUGUGUGGAAGGGGCUCUCAGUCAUGGGUGUGGUGGCGUGGCUGAAGAGCCUGUUCGUCCUGCAGCUCUUGAUUGGCUUUGUGUUCGUGGUGAGCGGCCUCAUCAUCAACUUCAUCCAGCUGUGUACCUGUGUGCUGUGGCCCAUCAACAAACAGCUGUACCGCAAGAUCAACACCAGACUCUCCUACUCGCUAUGGAGCCAGCUGGUGAUGCUGUUAGAAUGGUGGUCCAGCACAGAGUGCACGCUGUACACCGAUCAGGCCACGGUGGAUAAGUUCGGCAAAGAGCACGUCAUCAUCAUCCUCAACCAUAACUAUGAGAUCGACUUCCUGUGUGGCUGGACAAUGUGUGAGAGAUAUGGCGUACUGGGGAGUUCUAAGGUUCUGGCUAAACACGAACUGCUGAAAGUUCCUCUGAUCGGCUGGACGUGGUACUUCCUGGAAAUUGUUUUCUGCAAGCGAAAGUGGGAGGAGGACAGAGAGACUGUCUUUAGUGGGCUGAACCGUCUCCGAGAUUACCCAGAAUGCAUGUGGUUCCUUCUGUACUGUGAAGGAACGAGAUUUACGGAAAAUAAACAUCAGAUAAGCAUGCAGGUGGCUGAGAGCAAGGGCCUUCCGAAACUGAAGUACCACCUGCUGCCCCGCACCAAAGGAUUCACCACUACAAUGCAAUGCCUGAAGGGAACAGUGAAAGCGGUGUAUGAUGUCACGCUGAACUUCAAAGACAAGCAGAACCCGACCCUGCUGGGCAUCGUUAGCGGCAAAAAAUACAAAGCAGACAUGAGCAUCAGGCGCUUUCCUGUGGAGGAGAUUCCUGAUGAUGAGAAGGAGUGUGCUAUCUGGUUACACAAGCUCUACCAAGAGAAGGAUGCGUUACAAGAACACUAUGAGAAAGAAGGCUGUUACCCUGGUCCCACCAUCAAACCCAAACGUCGACUUUGGACACUGCUGAACUUCCUGUUUUGGGCUACUCUCCUGCUUUCUCCACUUAUUAACUUUGCCUGGGAUGUCUUUGUCAGCGGUUCUCCCCUCCUCAUCAUUGGUUUUAUGAUCUUCCUCGUUGUCGCUUCUGUAGCAGUUCGCCGGCUCAUCGGUGUAACCGAAGUGAAGAAGACAGGAUCCAGCUACGGCAACAUAGAGGCCAAGAAGGAGAACUAAACAUUUUUAAAGUUUCAACACCGUGUGGCCACUGUAUCGCUCACCCUGCAGUCCAGCCUCAGGCUCAAAGCUGCCCUGUGUGCAGUUACCCUUCUUUUUACAAAAAAAAAAAAACAAAUGAAAUAUUAAAAUAUCAGCAUUGGGAGGUAUAUAGGGAUAUAAUUCUAGAUUUAAUUAAUACGCUAGUAUAUAAACAUUGUGAUCAUUUUUAUGAACCAACUAAAUGGGAAAUAGAGGAGAAGAAACACUCAUCAGUUGUGGAUCAAUGACGAAACGCUCGUCUUCUCCGGCAGUGAAAGAUGAGAUGAACCAGAGAGAUCAACCGCUGAUACCAAUCACCCAAUCAGUGACUAGUCCCUCCUGUUUAGCCCCACCCUUUGAUAAGACCCGCCCUUUUCCCCCCAUACAAGCCCACUUUUUUUUGUCAAAGUCCUCCAUUAAGUGUUUUGUAACACUUCCUUCACUGCAUCUGCAAUUUCAGUAGUUGUUUCUUCACAGCGAUCCUCUUUGGAUCUUCACCCAAACCACACAGUCACUGCGAUCAGGAUUUCAUGUCAAGGGUCAGCGGAGCGUGCAGCGUUUGAGGAAGACAAACAGCCCAGCCAAUCAGCAAUGAUGGUCACGACACAGCCCCUGCCCAACAAAUGAACUGUUGUAGAUCAUUGGUCUGUUGCAGCUGGAGUGGAGUGACUGGUGAAAACAGUUCAAUGUGACCAACUUGAUGGUAAUAGAUAUGGACUGAGCAAGGAAAAGCAUGUCUACUGUAACUCCUGUACUCCCAUUUUUGCAACCUUUUCACAAUGGUGUCUUAACCCACUGCAUCACCAUUGUGUUACUGGCUAUGCUGAAUAAGCGCUAAAUGUUUUCUACCAAUGUAGUUCACCUAGAGCAUCUCUUUAGUUAGCGAGCAGUUUUGUCAAAAAAUUUAAGGCAAAAAAAGAUUCAGUUGCCCGAUCUCUCUAGCCAUGUGUAACUAAAUACCAGGGGAAGAAGAGUGAGAGUAGCUGAAUGACCCAAGAAGAAAACGAUGAGUUUUAUCAAUAAAGAAAGAGUGUAAAACUUAAGUGUGAACUAAUGACACUAAUGGUUUGUAAAUAAACUCUAGAAGUUUCUUCUUGACUCAAAUCCAUCUGAAUUCGCAGCAACUUUGCACUUCAUUUAAAUCAGUCUCUCUUUCUGUCACCCAUUGUUUUCAAUGUGCAACUUGGUACUUUUUCAUGGCAAAACAGGAAACUAAUCGUGCAAUCCUUAACGGAACAGAUCAGUGCAGCUUUGUUUGCUGUGCGCUUGGAAAGUCCAGUGUGGUUGUGAUUCUCUCAUAUUGUGCAGGUUUGCUGACCCCCAAAUCAUGUGUAGAUCACAGAUAGAGUUCGUGUGAAAGAGCUUCAGAAGCAGCGACGUGGAUUUGGGAGAUCUGCGUGACAUGAGUCUAGCAGGUGUGAGGUUUGUAAUUUAGGUCAAAGACCAAAGUUCAUUCAACUAAAAUAUUACUGCACAAUGUUUACUUUUUACCAAAACCUGGUUUGAAGGGAAUAUUUAGUUAAUGUAUUUUUAUUUUAACAAGUUAUUUCUAAGAGACUGAAUUUGUUAAUUUCACAAAAAGCAGUGAUUCCAACAGCAAUUUUUUUUUUUUCAUGAGAUGAUACUGUGAAAGAAAAAUAAUCCAUGUAAUGUGUAUGGGUGACCUGGGAUCUGUGAUUGUAGAUAAGACCACUACAGACAGGGUAGGACUCCGAGCCAAGAUCAGUUCUAGUUCUCUGAUGCUGUUAUGAUCUUAUUAUAAAUGUUGCUACUGUAUACUGUAGUAUAGAAAUGACAAGAUUGAGUUCUUAGAGCACAGACUAAGUGGUGGGCUUUGGAACAGAUGCUAAAUAUUAUUGAGAGUGUUUCUGACUUGCUUUCAAAUCCCUCCUCAAAAAAAGCUGUAUGUGAACGGAGGUCGAGUAGAACUAAAAAUGUAGUGUGUUAAAACCACAACUUUUUUUGUAUCUUAUUUCAGAUCAAUUAAAGCAUUCAAUGUCUGACUGAAA